UAAACCCCUAUUAGAACCCAGAAUAAUUGCUGCACUCUACAAUGGAACCUCUGGGAGCAACAACUAUUUUUCUGGUGAUUUGUGUCUCUUGCCUUCUUUUCCUUUCGGCAUGGAGAAAGAUGUCUGGAAGCGGGAAGCUGCCUCCUGGCCCUAUUCCUUUUCCCAUCAUAGGGAACACGCUGCAGCUGAAUACGAAGAAUUUACCCCAACGUAUAGAUGAGCUCAGUGCAACGUACGGCCCAAUUUUCACAAUAUACUUAGGUUCAGAACGGAUUGUGGUGCUGUAUGGAUAUGAAAUUGUGAAGGAAGCUCUGAUCGGUCUCGGGGACGAGUUCAGUGGAAGAGGAAGUAUGCCGAUAUUUGAAAAAUCCUCCAAGGGAAGAGGUAUUGUUUUCAGCAACGGGGAGCGGUGGAAGCAGCUCCGCCGAUUUGCCCUCACUAAUCUGAGAAAUUUUGGGAUGGGGAAGAAAAGCAUUGAGGAACGUAUCCAGGAGGAAACCCAUUUUCUGGUGGAAAGACUCAGAAACACACAUGGGCGGCCCUUUGACCCCACCCUCUUCCUCAACCAUUCUGUCUCCAAUGUCAUCUGCUCCAUCGUCUUUGGGGACCGAUUUGACUAUGAAGAUAAGAAGUUUGUGACUUUAAUAAAUCUCAUAGAUGAAAAUGGCAAGCUCCAGCGCUCCCCCUGGACAGUGCUGUACAAUUUUUUCCCGACUCUCAUGGAUUACAUACCCGGGCCUCACCACGGGAUAUUUAAAAAUUCUCUGGAGUUCAGAAAAUUUGUUCUGGAGAGAGUGAAGAUGCACAAAGAGUCUCUGGAUGCCAAUUGUCCUCGAGACUUCAUCGAUGCUUUCCUCAUCAAAAUGGAAGAGGAGCAAAAGAAUGUCCAGUCAGAAUUUAAUGUGGAAAGUAUGGUAAAUAGCACGUUAGAAUUAUUUGUCGCGGGAACAGGAACAACCAGCACCACCCUGAAAUAUGGACUCCUUAUUCUUCUGAAGUACCCAGAAAUAGAAGAGAAAGUUCACGAAGAGAUUGACCGUGUGAUUGGCCAAAGUCGAAGCCCCUGCAUGGCGGAUCGAAGCCAGAUGCCUUACACAGAUGCUGUGGUCCAUGAAAUCCAGAGAUUCAUCGCUCUUGUCCCAUUAGGUGUCCCACGUGCUGUGACUCGAGAUGUUCAUCUCAAACAAUAUGUUAUUCCGAAGGGCACCACGAUAUUCCCUGUACUGAAGUCAGUUCUAUCUGACAGCAGGGAAUUCCCAAACCCAGAUCAAUUUAACCCGGGACAUUUCUUGGACGAAAAUGGUGCCUUUAAGAAGAGUGACUACUUCAUGCCUUUUUCUGCAGGGAAGAGGAUUUGCGUGGGAGAGGGUCUGGCUCGGAUGGAGCUAUUUUUGGUACUGACAAUGAUUUUGCAGAACUUUACCUUGAAACCUGUCGUUGACUCCAAAGACAUUGAUAUAACUCCAGAGUCGAGUUUUGUGUCAAAUGCACCAAAAUCAUUCCAGCUCUGUAUUCUUCCUCGAUAAAGACAAUGAAAAGUCACCUCAAUGCUUUAGACCUGUGCAUUAGUUUGAUUGUUUUUGGACUUAUUAAUACAGUGACAGAAAUGAACUCAUUGUCUUCAAAGAGAAAGAUCAACUACUAGUUUUUUAUGUAACUUCAAUUUAACAAAAUUGUAUAGUAGCAAAAAUUAACCAGACAAUUGACUCAAAAGCCAUGUAGAAUAAUUGUGUACUGUUCUCAGACAGGCUUAGCUAUGAACAGAAGCUGGGUAUCUUUUCAGUUCAUUUGUGAUGUAGCUGACAAUUAUAGAAACUUCUUUAGGCAGAUGUAAGGCUUCUUGAUUGACAAGGAAUUAGUAACUGUGUCCAGCACUUGAGCUCUGACCAGCCAAUGAGAAUAAAUUGGGAUGAUGUAA